CCCAUCCAUCACCACAACCACAACACCACAACAACCCACCACAGCUUCGCACCCACCACAAUGCCCUACACCGCCGACCCCCCACCUACCGGGGACCCCCCCGCCGUGUUCAAGGACCCGAACGACCCAUUCUCCCGCUUCCACCCACUAAAAGUGAACCCGAAGCUCUUCAAACGCCCGGACCCAAUAACCCUCUACCUAGGCUUCGGAGGCCAAGGCGUAUGGAGCAGCCUAGUAACCAUGAACGUGAUCCGCACACUGGAGCAACACCAACGGAUCGCGCACCGCCCACUCACCCAGCCCGAAGCGGACGCCACAAUCGAGCACUCCACGGCACGCCUCUACCACAGCCGAAUCGGGCAGCCGGUAGGCGUGCUCGUUGGCAUGAUCGCGUGCUACAAGGCCUCGCAGAGGACCGAGAUAUGGAAGAAGAAUUUCGCGCCGGAGGCGGGCAUCCGACGGUAUGAUUUGCUGAUCGCGGGGAUACAGAAAUGGGUGAGGGAGAACCCGAAUACGUGGAGACAGGAUGCUGCACGGGCGGGGUUUCAGUCGGUUUUUGUUGCGAUUGUGUGUCUGAUGAUUGGUGAUGGGAUUGCGGGUGCCAGGGAUAUUAAUGAUAUGAUGAAUGAUUCGAGGUUGAAGGGGCUUUGGGCUGAGGCGAGGAAGAGGAGGGGUGAGAUGAGGGGGCCUGGUGAUAGGACGGGGAGGAUGCCGCCGCCGCCGACGACGCCGAUGCCGGGGUCGAAGGGUGAGGAGCAGAGUCAGCUGCCGCAGCAGGGUGAUGGGCUUGGGGUGCAGACUGGGUCGGAUGAGGAGGCGGCGAGGUUCGGGUUGAGUACGACGUCGUGGGGCACUGAGACGAAGAAGGUGGCUACGCCGUCUUAUGAGACGCCGAGGUCGUCGAGGGAUAAGGCUGAUGACUUCUGGGAUGAUGCUAGUCCUGUGGCUGCUGAGUAUAGGGACAAGGACCAAUCGGUGCCUGGGGAAAGUGCCUGGGAGAGGAUUCGGAAGCAGAAUAAUGUCUCGGCUCAGCGGGAGGUGCGGACGGUGUAUAGGCCUGCGUCCAGUUCCACUGCCUCUGUUCCUGCUCCGGCUCCGGCUAACGAUAAGCCGAGUGAGCGUGAGUUGGCGCAGGCGGAAUUUGACAGGAUGUUGGAGGCGGAGCGGAAGAUGUCGACGGACAGUCUGAACACUCCACAGCAGCACACUUCUGGGUGGUGGGGGAAAUGGGACUGAUUGUUUGUAUAGUGGCUUGUACAUCAUAGCGCUGACUUUAUUGUCCAUGGCAUGGACAGGUGAACUUUAAUUACGACAUUCCCCUCUGCCA